AUCAUCUUCAGGUCUGUUGUUUGAGCAGAGACAUUAACGAUACCAUGGGUUUCACGAUCAAGCCGCCGCCCGGUACGCCUGGUAAGGCAUGGCCUGCGAUUUGCGUUGGUCUGUUCGUUGCUUUCGGAGGUGUCCUCUUUGGAUACGAUACCGGCACUAUCAAUGGAAUCCUGGCUAUGCCAUUCUGGCUGAAGACGUUCUCGACCGGACACGUCGACAAGAACGGAGAUCCGGCCAUCACGUCUUCACAGUCCUCCAUGAUCGUCUCCCUGCUCUCUGCUGGAACCUUCUUCGGUGCUCUGACGGCAUCACCCACUGGUGACUACAUCGGUCGUAAACUUGGUCUCAUGGUUUCUUGCCUUGUGUUCUGCUUUGGUGUCAUCCUCCAGACUGCUGCCACGGAAAUUCCACUCUUCACUGCAGGUAGAUUCUUUGCCGGCUACGGUGUUGGCAUGAUCUCUGCAUUGAUUCCUCUUUACCAGUCUGAGACUGCGCCAAAGUGGAUCCGUGGAACGAUCGUUGGCACAUAUCAGCUUGCGAUCACUGUCGGUCUGCUAUUGGCUGCGGUGGUCGAUAAUGCUACGAAGGAUCGCCAGGACUCCGGGUCUUAUCGAAUUCCAAUCGCCGUCCAGUUCCUGUGGGCCCUCAUCCUAGCCGGCGGCAUGCUCGUUCUCCCAGAGACGCCACGCAUGUAUAUCAAGCGUGGCAAGCCGGAGGCAGCAGCGAAGGCGCUCGCCAAACUUCGCAGACUCGACAUUGAUCACCCGGCGGUCGUGGAAGAGCUCGGUGAGAUCGCCGCCAAUCAUGAGUACGAGAUGUCGCUCGGAAAGGCAACCUACGCGGAUUGCUUCCGUGGAAACAUCGGUGUCCGCCUUCUCACUGGAUGUCUCUUGCAGUCGUUGCAGCAGCUGACCGGUGUGAACUUCAUUUUCUACUACGGCACAUCAUUUUUCAAGCGAGCUGGCAUCCAAAACUCCUUUGUCAUCAGCAUGAUCACGUCCGCGGUCAACGUCUCGUCCACCUUUCCCGGGCUGUACAUGGUCGAAACCUGGGGUCGUCGCCCACUCCUUCUCUUCGGGGCCGUCGGAAUGGCCGUCUGCCAAUUCAUCGUUGCCUCAGUGGGUGUCGGAGCUGGCGUCGAUAACCAGGCCGCUCAAAACGCCCUGAUCGCCUUCGUGUGCAUCUACAUCUUCUUCUUCGCCUGCUCGUGGGGUCCUUGUGCCUGGGUCGUUACCGGCGAGAUCUUCCCUCUCAAAGUCCGCGCGAAGUCCCUCUCCAUGACCACCGCGUCCAACUGGCUCCUCAACUGGGCAAUCGCCUAUUCCACACCCUACAUGGUCGAUCCAGGUCCAGGCAACGCCAACCUCGGCGCCAAAGUCUUCUUCAUCUGGGGCACCUUCUGCUUCGUGUGCAUCAUCUUCGUCUACUUCAUGAUUUACGAAACCAAGGGACUUGCACUCGAGCAGGUGGACGAGUUGUACGCCAAGGUUCCGCAUGCCUGGAAGUCAGCGGGUUUCGUACCCACUGUCUCUUUCACGGAAGUCACGGAGGUUGGUGGUGACUUCCGAAAGGCGAGCCUGGCGGAUAUCGAGAACAAUGCGAUGAGGAAGAAGUCGGUGCAGCAUGAGGAGCACAAUGCGGAUGAGAAGAGCUAG